AUGGAUGGAUCCUGGUUUGGCGGCAUGAAAAUACAAGGUAUGAAGAAAAAUAUAUUCUCCCGGGGUGUGUAUUGGAGCCAGCCAAAGCCGCCGAAGAGGGGACUAGCGCGUGGGUGGAAGCGCAAGAGGCCCGAUCAACGCAGCAACGACGACGACGACGACGUCAACGACGGCCAAGGCGACGAGGAGUGCGACGUAGCCGUACGUUAUCGCAGACAGCGUGGCGAGCAGCAGGCUAACGACCAGGCUGGUCCGUGGUGCCGGCUGCGCAACAAGCGUCCGAGGCCAACGGGACUGCGCGAAGAUGCCGACGAGCCUCGGCCAUCAACGUCGUCGAGGGCGGACACACCGCCACCACCGCCGCCGCCGCCACCAUCGACGCGUCUGGCGAAGCAGCAGCAGCAAGCGUCGCGUUGGACGGGCUGGUCCGACUGCUUUGACCGACAGCCCGUCGUCGUGCUGUAUCAGCCCAUCGGCAAGGAGGCCCGUGGCGUUAGCAGCAGCAAGGCCAGCCCCGGAGGAGCGGCUCGCUGCAUACCGUUGGCAUCGUCGUCUCGCUCGGCCUCUUUGGGCUCGAGCCAAUAUUCGACCCGGGCGCGCUUUACCACAGUGAGUGGUGGAAAACGUGAAGAUUGA